GGUGUUGGUUCUGCGCGUGACCACCCACAGCCAUGGCCGUGGUAGGGUCUGCUUUCCGCCGCCUAGGUGCCUUGUCCGGAGCUGGGGCCUUGGGUUUGGCCACCUACGGGGCACACGGCGCCCAAUUUCCGGAUGCCUACGGGAAGGAGCUCUUUGACAAGGCCAACAAGCACCACUUUUUGCACAGCCUGGCCCUUUUAGGGGUACCCUAUUGCAGAAAGCCUCUCUGGGCAGGAUUAUUGCUAGCUUCUGGAACUACCUUAUUCUGUACCAGCUUUUACUACCAGGCUCUGAGUGGAGACACUAGCAUCCAGAAUCUGGGUCCUGUUGGAGGGAGUCUGCUAAUCUUGGGCUGGCUUGCCUUGGCUGUUUGAGGUCUCUUGUUUAAUUGCCAGUCCUGGGCUUUCUGGGUAAUGGGGGG